CAGUUACCCUAUCCUUAUCUACACUCCUCCUACUUUCGUACUACCAACCCAACAAGAAAAAAUACAACAAACCUCGAAAUGUCAAACCAUCCCUAACCCAUUUUUGCGUUUGUUUACAAAAACACUCACAUCUCCACCGAAAGAGCUCCAGAAACCCGCAAAAAUGUCAGCCGCGAUGCUAACCGCCGACUGGUUCCUCCUGGGCCGCGACCUCUACUUCAGAAAAUUCGAAAUCUACACAAUGGGCUGGCACCAGGACAUCAAUCUAGAGAACUUCAUUGCCACGUCGGCCCCCUACGGGGGACCCAUCGCAAUCAGACGCGACGAGCAAAAAUUCAUCAAAGUGCAGGGGUCAGGGCAGCCCAUAAUUUCGAUUUUUUCGGGCUCCGGCAAGCAGAUUACGUCGUUCAAGUGGACGAGGAGACCCAUUGUUUGCAUGGGGUGGUCGAACGACGAGAAGUUGAUUUUUAUUCAAGAGGACGGGUGGGUGGUUUUGCAUGAUAUGUUCGGGCAGUAUUUGCACACGUUCGAGAUUAGUAAGAAGAUUCAGGAUGCCAAGAUUAUUGAUGCUAGGAUUUUCACGAAUCCGCAUAAUCAAACAGGGGUGGCUGUGAUGACGUCCAAUUUUAAGAUUUUUUUGAUUAAAAAUCUGCAGGAUCCAAAGACGAGGCAGCUGUCGGAGCUAAUAAAGUCUAGUUUACACCCGACCAGUUGGGUGGUGAUUUCAGAGGAUAACAACACAGAGGUAUUAAUAGCUAGGGAAAAGGAGUUGUUUCGGUUGAAACAAGACGAGCACCACACCAGCAUCAUGUUAGAACCGGACAUAAGCAACAACUAUUCGUCGAUUUUAGAAAUGGCGGUGUCUUUCAAUGCCCGACACGUUGCCCUUUUCACCGACUCGGGCUAUUUAUGGUUGGGGUCUUCCAAUUUACGCACCAAGUACUGCGAAACUGAUACCAACAUAAUCCACAAACCAAAGCAAUUGGUCUGGUGCGGGAACGAAUCCGUCGUCGCCUACUGGGAAAGAGACAACACACUUUUUAUAGUCGGCAAGCAUGGCCAAAAAAUGAUGUACACUUACGACAGUUCGGUGUACCUAACUGCGGAAAUAGACGGCAUUCGAAUUUUGUCAAAUACCCAACAUGAAUUGUUACAAAAAGUCCCAGAUGUGGUGCAGAAAAUAUUCAGAAUUAAUAGUACAGAUCCGGGAAGUUUUCUCCUAGAAGCGUCUAAACAUUACCAGAAACGGAGUCACCGCGCCAACGAGUACAUCUGUCUUGUCAAACAAGAUCUUAAGAAAGCCGUGGAACAGUGUAUUGAUGCCGUGGGGUAUGAAUUUGACACUGAAGUACAGAAAAUGUUAAUAAGGGCGGCGCAGUUCGGCAAAUGUUUCAUCGCCGACAUGGAUUCCACAAAGUACGUCAACAUGAUCCGCCUCCUGAGAGUCCUCAACGCCGUUCGUGACCCCAAAAUCGGAAUUCCUCUCACUUUCACACAGUUGCAAAACCUCACACAAAAAACCCUCCUAGACCGUCUCAUCACCCGAAAAGAGUACUAUUUGGCUCUCCAUAUCGCCAAGUAUCUUCAAAUGCCGGAAGAAGAAGGCAGUAGUCACAUUCUGGUCCACUGGGCGAAGUACAAGGUCAGUCAAGCGCACCUGGAGGAGGAAACCGUCGCUCGUGUAAUCGCUGAAAAGCUCGGCUACACUCCGGGAAUUUCGUACAGCGAGAUUGCCAGCACUGCUUCACAGUGCGGUCGCAAGAAACUAGCCAUAAAGUUACUAGAUUACGAGUCGAAGGCGAGCGAACAAGUCAAGUUGUUGCUGGAGUUGACCGAAAACACCCCGGCGCUGAGUAAAGCGAUCGAGAGCGGAGACACCGAUCUAGUAUACAUGGUGAUUUUAAAACUGCGCGAGAAGAUGGCGUUGGGAGAUUUUAAAAUGACAAUUAGGGCCUUUCCGGUUGCGCAGUCGCUUUACAUUAAGUAUUGUAAGGAGCACAACACUCAAGCCUUGAACGAGAUUUACAUCCAAGAGGACGACUUUAGUGCGCAGGCGCAGACUUUCAUCAUGGAGAGCUUAGACGAGAAGAAGGCGCACAUGAGGGACUCGUUGCUAACUUCGGCAGCUGAAGCGUACAGAAAAGGGCGGAAAGAUAUGCAUGCGUCCAUGUGUGAUGAGUACUUGAAGUUGCUGAGGUACCAGAGGUCGCUCGACGAGAAACUCGGCCAACCGAAAUACGUGGGGAAGUCGGUACAUGAAACUUGUUUGUUACUGCUGAAGAGCAACGACGUGAAGUCGGCCGAGAAGUUUCGGAAUGAGUAUAAGAUUCCGGAUAAGAGGUACUGGUGGUUGAGGAUACAGAGUCUGGCGCAUUUGGAGGAUUGGGGGGAGUUGGAGAAGUUCUCCAAGGGGAAGAAGUCGCCGAUCGGGUACGCCCCCUUCGUUGACAUUUGCUUGGAGAAGAAUAACAAACAGGAGGCUUUGAAAUAUCUGCCGAAAGUCAGCGAGGAUCUCAAGGUCAAAUAUUAUAUUAAAGCGGAGUGCUUGGAGGACGCUGCGAAGAUAGCGUUCGAACAAAAGGACAUCCAAAGCCUACUGUACGUACAGAGCAAGUGUCCAUCGCAGUCCAGCUUAUCCGAAAAAGUGAAUUCAUUCAUCACGCAAUUAGAUAAUAGAAAAUAACGUGUUUAUCUACGCUUAUCAAUAGAACAUGUAUACAUA